AUUGCAGGAUUACCAUGGUAUGGAGCUAUUAUGGCAACAACCAUUCUAUUCCGUUGUCUGGUUCUUCCUCUUAACAUUGGUCUUACGAGAAAUAGUGCUCGUCUUGAUCAAGUUCGUCCAAUUCUAUUCGAAAAGUCAGAAAUUAUGGCAAGUAAAACUGCAUCUGAAGAAGAAAAGGUACAAGCUGCUGUUGAAUUCCAAGAAACCAUGAAAGAAAACAAAUGCCAUCCUCUCCUCAACAUUAUCUCACCACUCAUCAUGGCUCCAAUGUUUUUAUCAGUUUUCGUCAGUGUUGAAAGAAUUUGCCUUCACGAUCCAGAAUGUAGAGGAACAGGUGGUUUGUGGUGGUUUGAUGACUUGUCGAGUGUUGAUCCUACAGCUACCUUGCCAGUGAUUAGUGCAGUCACUUGGUUGAUUAGUGUGGAAAUGGGAGCUGCUGAGCCAAGAACUGAGACAAUGAGACAAGUAAGAAGUGUUAUGAGAUUUGUUGCAGCUGUCAUGGUGCCAAUUACUGGUGCCUUACCAAGUGGAGUGUUUGUUUAUUGGAUCACUUCGAAUAUUUUCUCAAUGCUUCAAAUUUAUACAUUGAGAUUGCCUGGAGUGAGAAGAUUUUUAGGAAUUCCAGUUAAGGAUCAAAGUGGAACCAAGGAUGAAGAUAAGACUAGAGAUAUUUCAAUGUAA